GGAGUCCUUGGCGCUGGAAACUAUAUAAACGGACCGCUUAUAAUUGACUAAGGCUAGCUGGAAGAUUUUUAACCGAAGCACACCAUGUCGUACCACACCGUUCGCGCGGUCGCCAUCGCGCUAUGCACCCUUGCUGUCGUCGUUGCGGAUUAUCAGCUUCCUGCAACCGUGAAAACAUGCAAAAGGGAUUCCGAUGACUUCUCAUCGUGUUUAAGGCUGGCCAUUCAAGAAGCAUGGCCCACGUUUAUUUCAGGAUUGCCAGAGUUCGAUAUGCCUCCUUUGGAUCCCUAUUUCACCGAGUCUUAUUCGAUGGAAUAUGAUAAGGGCCAGCUUCGUGGAAAAUUGAUUGCCAUGGACGUUCGAACGUACGGUCUUACUAAAGCGCACUUCUUAUCCGUAAAACCAGAAAUGGUAGAUGACUUGUUCCGGUUGGAAAUCGAUGUGGAGAUACCAAAGGUUUUAAUCGAUGGCAAUUACGACGUCGAUGGAUUUGUGGGCACCUUUAAAAUUGGUGGAAAAGGAUUCUUCAACAUUAGCAUGGAGGAUAUGAGAACCGUAUGGGACAUCUCUGGUCACGUAGUGGACGAUAAAUGGGUCGUAGAACAUUUUAAAAUGACGCCGACAAUUGGAGGUAUGAAGAUCUGGUUCAGCGAUCUUUUCAAUGGAAACGACGAUCUCAAUCAAGCUGCUCUGCUCUUCAUCAACGAAUAUUGGCCACUGGUGUACCGAGGAAUGUUACCAAAAAUGAUGGAUGCUUGGGACACGUUCCUGUCCGAAUUUACUAAUCGUUUCUUCUCAAAAAUACCAUUCUCAACGGUGUUUCCUUGAAGGAGCGUCAAAAUUAUAGCGAUAAAAUUAUUAU